AUGAUGAACCAAGAUAUUGAUUUUGACGAAUAUUGUGAUCCGAACAAUCCAAGAAAAAUCAAAUAUGACGACAUCCUCGCAGCCUCUAGGAGAAUCGUUGGUGGUGUGGUCAGGACACCAUGUUCAAAAGCGCACAUGUCCGACAAACUUGGAAUGGAAGUAUUUCUGAAGCAAGAAUUUUUACAAUACACUGGAUGUUUCAAGGAGCGUGGAGUCCGUAACACGUUGAUGUUGCUGUCGGACGAACAGAAGAAGUAUGGGGUGAUAAGCGCGACGACCGGGAACCAUGGCAUUGCUAUGGGCCACCACGCGAACGUGAUGAGCAUACCCUGUGUAGUGGUUAUGCCUAUCACUACUGCCAUGAAUAAAGUCUCCAAAUGCGAGCGGACCGGGGCGAAAGUUCUUUUACACGGCGCUAAUAUAAAUGAAGCCAAAUCACACGCUAUGGGUAUCCGUAGUGAGAAAAGGAUGACCUACAUCAAUGGAUAUGAUCAUCCAAACAUCAUGGAAGGACAGGGUACCGUGGGCAUAGAGAUCAUAGAACAAGUGCCUGGAGUGGACGCUGUGCUGGUGCCCGUGGGCGGAGGCAGCUUGCUUGCAGGCGUCGCAGUCGCUAUCAAGCACCUCAAGCCUGACACUGAGAUUUACGGAAUUGAAACAGACAAGACUUGUAGCAUGGUUGAGUCACUAAGGAAAAAUGAACGAGUCAUGAUGGAAAUUGGAUCCACAAUUGCUGACGGGCUCGCCGUCGGCAUGGUUGGAGUAAAUAGCUUUCACAACACCAAAGGACUUGUGGAUAAAAUGAUCGUAGUGAAAGAAGACUGGGUAGCGCGCGCUAUUAUGCACCUCGUGGAAGAUGAAAAGUUUAUAGUAGAAGGUGCUGGUGCGACUACGUAUGCAUCGGUCAUGGCAGGACUGUUUCCCAACCUCAAAGGGAAAAAAGUGGUGUGUAUAUUGAGUGGAGGCAACAUCGACUCGACAAUUCUGGCGCGUGCGUUGGAACGAGGCAUGUCAGCAGAGGGUCGACUGGUGAAGUUCAAGGUGACGGUGCACGACCGGCCGGGAGGCAUGGCGGAGCUGUGCGCCCUACUUGCUAAUAUGGGCAUCACUCUGCGGGACCUCGUGCCUGAGCGCGCCUGGGUCAAAGCGGAUGUCUUUAGUGUUCAGUUGAAAAUCAUAGCUGAAACUAGAGGCUGGGACCACCUGAAGGAGCUGGUAGAACAGAUAAAGAAACAUUACAAAGAGUAUUUCUUCCAAGAUAUGGGCGAUCGCUCGGACAAAGCCCCGACCACGAGACGCGGGCCCUGUCUUGCCCCCAACCCUGUUUGCAUGCAGAAGUAA